AUGACUAGUGAAAGAUCUGAGAAGCUCCAUAACUUGACUCUAGCGAUUAUGAUGCUGGCCAUGGGAUACGACCAGGUGGCGUUUUCGAUGGGCACUAAAGCGACAUGGUUCCAACCCCAUUACUUCGGCCUCUGCUCUGUCGCUUACGUUCUCUUCGUGAUCGUCGCUGAAUUCGAGGACGACGUGGUGGUCAAACGUUUCGCCGAUUGGAUCAGCCACAUGCUUGGAUUAUCUGCUCUAGCAUGCCUCGUAGCAAUUGUGUCCGUGGAGUUCGCAAUCGGAUUGGCUUCUUCUACCGCUCUCGUUAGUUUCUGGUAUCUCGUGAAAUACCUUAAGAGCCACGAAACCUUAAACCCUUCAUCCCUAGAUUCAAGCUGCAGCUCAGAGAAGUUAAAUCUUGUCAUCUUGGCGGCUCUUGGAGGAGCCAUGGUGUUUGUCCAGAUUGGAUUAGCCAUGGGAUCACUUGAGAAAACUAGUCUUUCCCCGGUUUACUUUGGAGUCUCGUCUGUUUCGUAUGUGUUCUUCCGAGUCACUGAAGUGCUGGAAGAGAACGUCACCAUCAAAUCAGUCUCUGGUCAUAUGAGCCGUUCUGCAGGAAUACUCAGUCUGGUUUGCUUCGUGGGACUGGUUUCUAAAGAAUUUGCCUUAGGUAUCUUCGUCUCUACGUUAUUGUUAGUCUCUCGGUACAUUUGCAAGAUUUGGUGCGCUAAUCCAACUGCUCAAGAUUUGGCCGCGGAAGUUCAGUCUCUACGUUAUUGUUAGUCUCUCGGUA